AUGUCCGUUGAAGUUUAUGUAGAUCGUGACGAAAAUCUCACCACUUCAACUCAAAGUUCUCGUCAGUCGAACAAUGUCAACGCUCGAAAACAGUCAAGAAAAGCAAUAGAUGCUAAACAGUAUCUAAACUAUGAUCCUGAAAAGGAACCGAUUAAAGCAUUCUUAAGGAUACGCCCAAGAUUAGAGAGUCAAUCUAGGAUUGGUGAAAAGCCUUAUCUUCGAAUCUUAAAUAAAGAGGAAGUCUGUAUGAUUCCUCCUGAGAACUCCAAAGCAUAUCGAACAAAAGCAGGAACUUCUGAAAAAUACAGGUUUACACAAGUAUUUGAUGGCUCAACUAGCCAACAAACAUUCUUUACAGAAACAACGUUAGACCUGGUGAAAGAUGUAUUGAAUGGGGGUAAUGCAUUGCUAUUUGCUUAUGGUGUGACAAGCUCUGGCAAAACGUAUUCUGUCGUAGGUAGAGAGAAUGAACAUGCAGGCUUGUUACCGCGUACGUUGAUGACGAUUUUCAACAGUAUUAAAGGCCAUGAAAGUGAAAAAAAGAUCCAACCUAUUAUGCAUAGUUCAUUGAGACUAUAUCAAAAUGAAGAAGAAGAAAAUAGACAUGUAUUCAAUGAUAUUGCAAGUGAAAUUGAGAAUAGACCGUUUUCAGAAGUACUGCUCAAUGAGAAACUGAUUAUAGAUACACGAUAUGAAUAUGGUGUUUGGGUUUCUUUCGUAGAGAUCUAUAAUGAAAAGAUUUAUGACUUGUUGGACUUUAACAAGUUAACCAAAAGGAAGCACCUACAAAUGAGGCUCGAGCCACCAUCAAGUCACAAGUAUGUCGUAAAUGCGAAUAUUGUGAAGCUAAACUCUAUUCACGAGGCAUAUUCUAUUGUGGAGCUCGGUCAGAAAAACAGACAAGUUUUCUCAACACUUAUGAACGAAAGUAGUAGUCGAAGUCAUAGUAUUUUUACAGUUCAUAUUGUGCGAUCGUUGAAGUCAAAGAAAGUUAUUAAUGAAGAUAACUUGUCCACCUCGGCUAUCGUCUCAAAACUAUCUAUUGUCGAUCUGGCUGGUUCUGAACGUUAUAGAAACACGAAUAGUACAGGAAUGCGGCUGAGAGAGGCAGGAAAUAUCAACAAAUCGCUUAUGGUGCUCGGGCAGUGUAUGGAAGUCUUACGAAUGAAUCAGUUAAAGAAGGAAUUGGGAAAGAACUUAGCUAUUGUACCUUACCGACAUAGUAAAUUGACCGAAUUGUUCAAAAGCACGUUCGAAGGGGAUGGUAGAGCAGUGAUCAUUGUCAACGUCAAUCCCUAUGAUACUGGAUAUGAUGAGAACAUUCAUGUAAUGAGGUUUUCAGCAGUCGCCAAAGAUGUCGUUCUUCAAAAGCCAGUACCGCAAACUCUAGAAAUCCAACAACAGCCAUCCAAUGAUAUGAUUCACUGUCUACAGCAUGUUUUACGAUCACUAGAUGACAAUAGCAAUGAUGACGAGGAUAUUGAAGAAGGCCUUGUAGAUGGCCUUAUAGCACAACUGGAAGAAUUAUGGGAAAAGUGGGUAGACGCAGAAACAAAAAUAACUACUAUGGAAAUGCAUUUGAGAGAGCAAAUAUCCAAGGAAAUGAGUACAGAGCUGAAAAGGCUAGAGACAUCUUACCUGGCUGCGCUACAGAGAGAAAAUGAAAAGCUAGUGUCUCAUCUUGACGAGGCGAAGGAAUCGAAAAGUAGCAAUAAAAAGGGACUAACUAAAGAAGAUACUCUCUUUGAAGAGAUUUACGAAAGACAAAAAAAUAUUACAGCAGAACUUGAGUAUUUCAGAGACAAAUUAAAUGGUCUAAAUGUAGAAAAAGCACAAUUGCUGGAAAAAAUCUCUGCAUUAGAGAAAGAAAAUAUGCAAGAGCGAGCUUACGCGCAGACAUUGCUUGCUGAAAGCCAGAAACUUAAAGCUAAUAGUAAUAGUGUUAGCAGUACUAAUACGGAGGCACGAGAAAAUGAUGAGAAACUAGGAACGGAUAUGGAGAUCGAUGCGAUUGUUGCUGAAGGAAAUGAUGAACUUGCUUCCAAAGACACAUUUGACGCCUUUUUGAGCUUGAGGAAACAGCUAAGACGUAGUAUCUUUAAAAAGGAAGAUUUAAACGAAGACGUUGAUAAAGUAAUGAGCAAGGUGGAGCAGUUUCCUAACGUCUCGUUUGAUUUAGCCAAGGAAACCAAAAUGGGUAGACUUUUAAAAAUGAUAUCCCAAGAAAAAUUCGAAAAUGACCCUUACCAUAUUCGAAAACGUGCUCUGCGAUUGUUCAAGCGCUACGCCCAGCUUAAAAAGCCUGAACAAUCACCGUCGCCCCCUGCUCAUAGUGAUUGGACAUUAGACACAGUUUCGAAUCGUACUGGUAGUCCAGGACUAUUGGAUGACAGUAUGGACAUCGAGCAGCUGAUAGCCGAGAACUUUAAACUGAAGCAAAAAGUCAAGCUGUUAAGUGCCGGGCAGCAGAAACUGAAGGAGGCAUUUGAGAAAACAAGAGUGUCUUCAUUGAAACCAGCCCCACCAGUUGACGAUACGGACAAUGCAAAACUCGCUACAAAGUUGGAAGACAAACCAUUGGGGAACAGUAGCAUCAAAAUAAAAUUAGAACCAAACAGUAGCAGUAGCAAUAGCAAUACUCCGGAACAAGAACGGUCGAGACCUUUGGUCAAUAAGCAAAAGAGCCAUCGGUAUAGUGAACCAGAAGACUAUGACAACGACCUGUCUGAAAUAAUGAAGCAGGCGGGACAACCAAAGAAGCGGAGGAAACUACGAGCUCUUUGA